UCCCGGCACCCAGUUUACUUGUCCACUUCCCCCUUCCGUCCAACCGCCCCCCUCGUGCUCACCGCUCCAACCAUGGCGCCAUCCGCCGCCAUCUCGAGCAUCCUCCUCCUCCUCGCGCUCCUCCACCCCGCCGCGGCGACCGCGCGGCACAGGCACCGCCUCGGCGCGUCCCUGCUCGCCGCCUCGCUCAACGCGUCGGAGCCGCCGACCACCUUCUUCGAGGUGGACCGCCCGAUCCGCCCGCCGCGCGGCAGCGCGGGGCCCUGCUCCACGCUACUCCUCUCCGGCACCUUCGGCGCCACCUACGGCCGGCCCCCCGCCACCGCCGCCUACGCGCCGCCGGCCUGCCUCGCCGCGGCGCGGGCCGCCUCCGCCGGCGGCGGGGGCCUCGCGCUCGCCGUGCUCGAGUGGACCGCCGUCUGCCGCGGCCGCCAGUUCGAUCGCAUCUUCGGCGUCUGGCUCUCCGGCGCCGAGCUGCUCCGCAGCUGCACCGCCGAGCCGCGGCCCAACGGGAUCCUCUGGUCCGUGUCCCGCGACGUCACCAGGUACGCCGCCCUCCUCGCGGAGCCCGGCGAGGUCGCGGUGUACCUCGGGAACCUCGUCGACAAGACGUACACUGGCGUCUACCACGCCAACCUCACGCUCCACCUCUACUUCCACGCCGCACCACCGCCGCAACCGCAGCAGCAGCAGAUGGCCGAUCUGAUUGUGCCCAUCUCAAGGAACCUGCCUUUGAACGACGGGCAGUGGUUCGCCAUCCAGAAUGCCACCGAUGUGCAGUCCAAGAAGCUCGCCAUUCCGUCGAACACCUACCGGGCGGUCCUUGAGGUGUUCGUUUCCUUCCACUCCAACGACGAGUUCUGGUACACCAAUCCGCCCAAUGAUUACAUUCAGGCGAAUAACUUGUCCAACGUCCCUGGCAAUGGUGCAUUCCGGGAAGUCGUAGCUAGGGUGGAUGGUGAAGUUGUCGGCGCUGUUUGGCCAUUCACUGUGAUUUACACCGGUGGCGUCAACCCACUUCUAUGGCGGCCAAUCACUGGGAUCGGCUCAUUCAAUCUCCCAACAUAUGACAUUGACAUCACACCAUUUUUGGGCAAACUCCUGGACGGCAAGGAGCAUGAUUUUGGUUUUGGGGUGACAAAUGCUCUUGAUGUGUGGUACAUUGAUGCCAAUUUGCAUCUAUGGUUGGAUCACAAUAGCGAGAAGACAACAGGGAGCUUGCUCAGCUAUGAUGCUGCUGGGUUGGACCUUAAUGUGAACUCUGAAUUCAAUGGGUUAGAUGGACAAUUUGUGACAAGCGCAAGUCGGCACGUCUCUGCUACUGGAUGGGUGAAAUCGUCAUACGGGGAGGUCACCACAACCUUCUACCAGAGAUUCAGAUAUGAAAACAGCAAUGUGUUUAGAAAGAAUGGCACUGUGCAAAUCGUGAACCAAACGAUCGAUGCAAAGUCCGGCAUUUUUGCCAAGGAUGCUACUACUGUGCUGCUAUCUGAGGAACUUCAUAAGAUUUUCCCACUGUAUCUUUAUACUGGAACCACAGAUAAAGUGGGCGAUGAGUACUCGUUGGAUUCACUUGUCAAAUUGGGCAUCAAUGAGAAGAAGACCUCUGGUGGGAAGAUGGGCUUCUUGUACAGCUCUCUGCAGAAUGCACAGUCGGCACGCGGCAUUAUGAGGGUGAAGAAGAAUUUAGUGGUCAGUGGAUUGGGGAAGACCCAUCAGGUGUAUAAGUAUGUGGGAACUGAUGGAUGCUAUUUCAGGGACGUGAGCAGCAGGAACUACACUGUACUUUUCGAUCGCUCUGGCGAUUCUUGCUCAAAAGGGGCAUAUAGCAGGGCCAGCACGAAGUUGAACAAUCAGUCAGCAAGAAGAAAGUUGCUGGUGAACAAACUGUAAAGCAAGGGAAAGAUCUAAAUUCGUCCAUGUUCCAGUUUACUUUGCUUCUCCAAUAAAGAUUGCUUAGAUAGCUCAUGCUUCAGAAAGUAGGUAAGAAACUUGGAAACGUCUUUAUAAACACUCAACUUCAGAUCCAGUGAGAUGCUAUUGUCACCAAUUGCAUCAUCAUGCUGUAUUAGUUAGCUGCACAUAAUGUGAUUGGUGCACAACAGAACGAAGGAUGAUUCAUACCAUUAUACUGGUAAUUGCUAAGUGCUAGUAGCAAUCAAGAUUCUGACACAAUCACAUUAUAAUCUACACCAACAUUGUUUUCAGCA